GUAGGGUGAAGUUUGAAGCUGUAGAUAAUGAUAAUAAUUGUAUAGUGAUAUUAGAUUCCACAAUGGGAUGUAGUGGUGUUGAUAUGAAAAGGUCUGACAGUGAAUUAGAUGUUGUGUACUCAGAGUAUGAUUUUAAUG